GGAGCUGGGCCGUGCUGGGCCGGGCGGUGCGGGGAGGGGAGGCGGGCCAGGCCCUGCGGGAAGGCGGUGCCCGCCACAGCCCAGCGCCGCCGGGGCUGCGGGGCCCGGGACCGCCUCAGCGCAGCCGGGUCGGGCCGCCGGCAGGGCGGGGCAGCUGGGAUAGCGAAAACGCCCCUUGUGACACAGGAGCCUCUCCAGACGGCCCAGGAGGUUUAGCAUCUUUCAGUGCCUUGUGAGGCACAUGAUCUCGCAUCUCCCUGCCGUCAAUGUGCCGCUUUAGAAGCCAUGGAGCUGGGAAAGGCGAAGCUGCUGCGAACUGGCCUCAACGCCCUGCAGCAGGCCAUUCACCCCGUGCACGGGCUGGCCUGGACGGAUGGCAAGCAGGUGAUCCUGACGGCGCUGCAGCUGCACGACGGAGAGCCCAGCUUCGGUGACUCGAGCGUGGUGGGGCAGUUUGAGCACGUGCACGGGCUCUACUGGGGCCCGAGUCCCGCCGAGGCCCCGGCGCUGCUGGCGGUGCAGCACAAAAAGCACAUCACCAUCUGGCAGCUCUGCUUCAGCGGCGCCGACAGGAGCAAGCUCCUGGUUUCCCAGAUCUGCGACAUCAGCGAGCCGUAUCCCGUGCUGCCCCAGGGCUGCGUGUGGCAUCCCAGCAAGGAGGUCUUGGCCGUGCUGACCACCCGGGACGCCUCCGUCUUGCCCUCCGUCCACCUCAACAACUCCAGAAUUAACGCGGACAUCAAGGGCAGCGGGCUCAUCCACUGCGCCUGCUGGACCAAGGAAGGGAGCCGCCUGGUUGUGGGGGUGGGCAGUGCCCUCCAUUCUUACAUUUGGGAUGAUGCUCAGAAAACACUCAGCGCUUGCUCUUUUUGCCCAAUCUUUGAUGUGGGAGGCUACAUCUGUGCCGUGGAAGCUACGCAGAAUUUACAAGUCGCUGUUGCCACCGAGCUCCCUCUGGACAAGAUCUGUGGCUUAAAUGCUGGUGUUGCCUUCGAAGUUCCAUCGAGCGUUGAAACCGAGUCCUUCCCCUCCCAGUCCAGCUUGUGUGGGGAGGAAGAGUAUUCCUUGGAUGGAGGGAAGAAGUCACUGGACUCUGAGAAGCCCUUGUCUGUAGUUACAUCUCCUGUGGACCUAACUCACAUACUGUCUAGCAAGCAGAGUGCUGAUUCCAGCCCUCUCCUGCACCUGAGGCCCAAGGACUACCUGACGGGAAGUGGCCAAGAUUCCUCACACCUCAUCUUGGUGACUUUUGAAAGAAAGGUUACCUCUACUAAAAAAGUGAGCAUCCCAGGCAUUCUUGUUCCUGAUAUAAUGGCUUUUGACUCCAAAACUCAAACUGUAUCUGUUGCCUCCAAUACUUGUAACGUUAUUUUAGUCUAUUCACUGACUUCAUCCAAUUUACCCAAUAUUCAACAAAUUCAGCUAGAGAAAAGCGAGAAGCCAAAGGGUUUGUGCUUCUUGACCAAUAAAUUGUUACUGAUACUGGUUGGAAGACAAAAAUUCACUGACCCUGCUUUUCUUCCUUCUUCAAGAUCAGACAAAUACAUGAUCCGAUUGAUGAUUAAAGAACUGAUACUUGAGAUGGGUCCUUCAAAAUCUGUGUCAGCUGAUGGCAACUCCAGUUUGAACCUUUCCAGUGUUACUCAUGAUCCCUCUAGAGAUGUCCACCCUCUCAGCCGUGGGCUCCUGAUACCAGAUCGCUCUGCCCUUCAGUCCCCCACAAGCCGAAGGAAACUCAUUGAAGAACUCAAGAGUCCUGCUUAUGAACAAAACUUCCUCUUGAACAUCAGCGACUUCAAAGACAAAAAGAUUUCCAUGAAUUUUCCUCCAGCUGUAGAGACUCUGGAUGCUGAGCCAGUUAAUCGGAGCGUUGCGCUGUCUAAUGCUUCCAACAAGCCAACGUCCCCAAAAAGGCAGCAUGAGGCAGCUUCCAAAAUACCCAAUUCUUACAAGAAUAACCUGUUCAGUGAGAAGGAGGCGAGUUGCUUUUUAAAAAAUGUGGAAAAAUUGUCUGGUAACUUCACAGAAUUGCAGCAUCAUCUUUCUGAACUAACUGAGCUGCUAAAAUCUGGGAAGAGAAGUCUUCCAGUAUACCCAUCUUCUCAGGAACCCUCAUUUAUUAAGAUCACCUGCCAGAAGCAGCUUUCCAAAAGUGAUGCAGAUGAAAGUCGGGCCGUUCUUCUCUGUGAUGGUAAACUGCGCCUAAACAUCGUGCAGCAGAUAUUCAACCUCUCCCUGGUAGAAAUGCAGCACGGUUCCUCUUGGAUCGUUCUCACAGCGGACAGCGAGGGCUUCAUCCCAUUAAUGUUUACAUCCACACAGGAGAUCCUCAUCAGAGAUGCCACUGCAAAGGGCUACAGUGCCCGCUCCUCCAAAACUCUGGACAUCAUCAGUUCCACACAGGGGUGUAGAUCCACUUCUUCUGAGAGCCUGGAUAUCACCAGUUCUCUGGAAGUCCUGAGGGACUGCUCCUCCAAGACCUUGGACAGCAUCAGCCCUUCAGAACAGCCCAGCAAUUAAAUGUAGUUUUUGACAGUGGUUUUGCAAUGCCUCUCUGAUGAUGGGAGGCUUUUAUGUUUACUGUAUGGGACUGCAAAUUAUCAACAACAGUCUCAAAUUUCUGUACAAUUUCUAUAAUUUUUUGUUGCAUUGUAAAUUAUUUAUUUGAUCCUUGGAAAUGUUAACUUUUUUUUAUACUGAGCAGUGUUUUUUAACUAUGCCUCUUGCAGUACAGAUGAGGUUGAAAAUGUGGAUUCUUACAAGUUUCUGAGCUCAAGUUUCCAUCUUGGUCUUUAAUACAUUGGUGGUUUUAGAUAAUAGUAAACUUGGAUAAUAAAGAAAUCUUUGAAAAUGCU